CGUUUAAUAUUUUCCAUCGGUGAACAACAUAUGUACGUUAUACAAUUCAACAACUCAGCCUCAGCUCAGACAGAAUAACCAGAAUAAAUUCUCUCUCAUCUAUUGCUGUUUCCAUGUCUUUUCAACCGCCAACUGUGUGUGCGUGAGGUUUUUUGAGAAGAGAUUUGGUGGAAUUAGUUGAAUUGUGCUCGAUUUUGUUGAUUCGUAGUUGCGAAUUUUGACGGAGUAAUGGAUGACGGAAAGAAGUCGGAGAAUAGCGUCGUUAAUGGCUUCUCUCCGGUGUCUUCGACUCCAGUUUUCUGGAAAUCUCGGAAGAGAUCAGCGAGUGCGAAGAAUUUGUACAAGGACAUUGUAGAUGAAGGUGAUAAGACUUCAGAGAAGAAGGAAGAGCAGGUCACAACAACAGAUGAAAAAAUGGAAGAAUCAUUAUCAACUUCUCCCACAGUUCUGUCUGAAAAACGUAAGGCUCUUUUUGAACCUCUGGAACCAAUAAUGGAUUUGAGUGGUAGAAGACCUUCAGCUGAAUCCUUACUCCCUCCACCGGACUUUGACACCGCCAGUUACCCUCGUGGAUGGCUAAUUGGGAAGAAACGGAAGCUUGUAAAUGUGGAUGUUGUUGAAAGCAUGCGCAGGAUUGCAGUACAGGAAAUGAACAGAAAGGACAGAGAGAUUAACGGACUUAACGAGCAGUUAGAAGAAGAUGCACGUGUCCUUGAACACCUUCAACUCCAACUGCUUGAUGAACGAAGCAAACGCGCAGAUGUUGAACGACAGAAUACAAUGCUGCAGAACCAGGUGGAUAUGCUCAUGAAUAUGCUUCAGGAGCCUGAAAAUAUCGAUGAUGAAGAUGUCUCACAAGAACCAUAAGUAAGUCUGUUCCCUUUUUUUCUUUUUUUAAUUCCCGCGUCAUUUUGUAAAGCUAGCAUUAUACGGAUCCAUCAUGCAUCCUCUUUUGUUUUAUUUUGUGUUGUUUUCGUCAAAUAUUGUUUAUAUAGUUACUCGUUAGUAUAAGUAUCUUGGAGAAGAAAAUGAACUACUGCACCAAAUGUAUCAUAUCAUAUAACAUG